CCUGGGGUCAGUUAACACGUAAACGACUUCAGUGCUGGAAGCAUUGAAAGAACACCAACGCAAUGUCCAAAGAAUUAUCCAUGGCACUGCCUUUCUAUAGGCAUGUUUCAGAUCUCAAUCAACGUGUGUGGGUCCUUCAGGGCCAGACCCUCAUAAUGGCCCCAAGGAAGGCAAAUACGGUUCCAGUCAUUGUUGGUUUAUAUCCCUGCCCACAUCUGGAAACUCUUGAGAAGGACAGAGGGAAACCCAUGUACCUGGGACUGCAGGAGCCUCAGUGUAGCUUGUUGUGCACUAAGAUCGGGGGUCAGCCUGUGCUGCAGCUCAAUGAAAGGACCAUAAGGAAUCUCUAUCAUUACCCAGAGCCUGAGAAACCCUUUCUCUUUUAUCACAAUGAAGUUGGCAGCACCUCAACCUUCGAGUCAGCAGCCUUCCUUGGCUGGUUCAUUGCUGCUGACUCCACAGGACAAUCUCCAGUUGUUAUGACCCAGGAAGUGGGGAAAACCUUUGUCACUGAAUUUGUGUUGACUACAUUGAGCUAA